UCUUUUCCACUUGGGACAAGUUUCGUGCACGGACAGCACGGACCAUGUUUUCAAAGCGUGCAGUUUUGAGCCAAUUCCAACCUCGCACUACAUCACUGGGGCUUCAAUAUGUCCGCAGGAGUUUUAAAUCUUCUUCAGGACCCUUGCUGCAAAAGACAGCACGUUUGGAUCCUGGGUUGGAAAUGCCACCAUGUGACUAUAAACCUGAACCAUACCAGGGGAUUUCAUUUGAACAUGCCAAGGAGGUCAGGAAAAACAAUCUAAAUCCUGCUUUGUUUUCAUACUACAAGAAUCCAGUGUUCAUUUGCAAGGGUCACAUGCAGUGGCUGUGGGACAGUGAUGGUAGAAGAUACCUGGAUUUGUUUGCUGGUAUUGUGACUGUCAGUGUGGGGCACUGUCAUCCAUAUGUGACAGAAGCUGCUAAGAAACAACUCAGUAACUUGUGGCACACAACAAACAUCUAUUACCAUCCAACCAUUCAUGAAUAUGCAGAACUAAUGGCUUCAAAACUCCCUGGAAAGCUAAAGGUAUGUUACUUUGUAAACAGUGGCUCAGAAGCUAAUGACAUGGCCAUACUGAUGGCAAGAGCUCACACUGGAAACUUUGAUUUCCUCUCUCUCAGAAAUGCAUAUCAUGGUGCCAGUCCAGGCACACUGGGAAUAUUAGCCCACAACACUUGGAAACUUAAUGUACCAUUAGGAUUUGGGUUUUACCAGACUAUGAAUCCAGAUGUUUAUCAAGGACCGUGGGGUGGCGCGAACUGCCGUGACUCGGUAGCACAGACGGACAGGACUUGUAACUGCGCUGCAGGUCAAUGUAUGGCAUCCAAGAUGUAUGUUGAUCAACUGAAAGAUGUCUUGGUUCACUCCACCAGUAAGAAGGUCGCAGGCUUCAUCGCCGAACCCAUUCAGGGUGUCGGCGGGUCAGUUCACCUUCCCAAGGGAUUUCUAAAGGGCGCAUACGAGCUAAUACGUGAGAGAGGCGGCGUGUGUAUAUCAGAUGAGGUUCAAACAGGAUUCGGUCGUCUUGGAAGCCAUUACUGGGGUUUCGAAACUCAAGAAGUUGUUCCAGACAUCGUGACGAUGGCCAAAGGCAUUGGAAACGGGUUUCCACUGGCAGCUGUGGUAACGACACCAGAAAUUGCCCAGAGCUUUGCGCAAGCCAUUCAUUUCAACACCUACGGUGGAAAUCCUAUUGCUUCAGCGGUUGGAAAAGCUGUAUUAGAGACCAUUGAUGCAGAUGGCACUCAAAAGAACUCUGAGGUGGUCGGCACCUACUUUCUACAAGAGUUACUCAAAGUCAAGAAAGAGUUCCCGGAUAUAGUUGGUGACGUCAGAGGCAAGGGUUUGAUGAUUGGCGUUGAGUUUGUCACAGAUAAAGAGUCGAAGACACCGUUGCCGCCCGAGAAGUUUGUGCCAAUUUGGGAGGACAUCAAAGACAUGGGAGUGCUUAUGGGCAAGGGAGGACUGUAUGGAAAUACUCUUCGAAUCAAGCCACCCAUGUGUAUAACGAAGGAAGACGUUGACUUUGGCGUGGCGGCCUUACGUACGGCCUUGCAAAACUACAUCGACGGCAACUAAACUAAACAACUUAAUCUGCCCAGUGGUUUUAACUUCAAGAGUACAUCCUGGAAACGUUCAAAUGCACUACGGACUACAAAUCAACGGAUCUAAUAUAAUAACUCUAUUAAGUUUAUUCACAGAACAUAAACUUCCUGGAUGCACUGAAUCAAAUAGCAGUGCCCGAAAUGAGUAAAAACGUCGACAAAGAAUAUCGAAAUAACCAUUGCAUGUCAGUGCAGGGCCUGAAAAUGUAUUAGAAACAAAAAAAGUGCGUAAGGUUGUCUUUUAAACAGGAUGAUAGAUGCGAAUGCAGCCGUUACUAUGUUGUUUACUAUAAACAUAAGAUGUUUAUUGACUAACUAUUACUAUGUUGGUUUGUAAGCGGACUCUUCAAUAAAGGAAAACGUAUUUUUGAGGAA